AGCCCUCUCUUUAGGAUUGACUACCCGGUACCGACCCUUCCUGUCUCUGACCUCUGAACCUCGGCUCUGCCCUGAAAAAACACCGAAGCCUUCUGGCCCUGAUCUCAAGUUUUUGCUUCUGUGGACUGGAUUCUGUUUGCUCGGCUUCUGGACUCCUCAGCUUGUGUGUGACAGCUCUUAUCAGAUACAGAUUAUCUGGAAAAGGAACCUGUUUCAUCAUUUUUACAACUUUCUCUUGGCCAAUCAGUAUCCAUCACUGCUAAGUAGGAGGUUACAUAUGCACCAGUUGUUGAUCCUUGUUUCCUUAAGGUAGUUUACUUUAGUUGUCGAGACAGGGAAGACUAGACUGAUCCUACUUGUUUUACAGAGGGCCUAAAGCAAGAGGACCCCUGAAAGACAUGAGGCUUCUCUGUCUUCUGCAGCUUUUUACUUUGGCUGCUUGCAGCGGCUCCAGAACCAGAGACUGGGCUCACCAUGGUGCCCCCAUGUUUGCCGACCUCACAGUGCGUGAGUUAAAAGCUGUCCGGGCCUACAUGCACAGCAUCCCAGAGCUGGAGCUCACGAACGCUCGGAGCAGGACUCUGAAGAAGAACAGCAUCCUCUUGAUAGAGCUCCAUCUGCCAAAGAAGCACGAAGCUCUGAGAGCUUUGGACCGUGGACAAGCCAAACCCCCACGUCAAGCCCGUGUCGUCAUUCAGUUUGGCAACCAGACCAAACCUACCAUCACUGAGUACAUCGUGAGUCCUCUGCCAUCUCCGACCUCCCAUGAAGUUAAAACAUUCAAGGGAAACAGGCCUAUCUCAUUCGAGUCGAGGCCUAUUAGUUCUUCUGAGUACUACCAUGUUGAAAAACUACUUGAGAAGAUUGCUACCAAAGCGCACAAGCUCCUCUUUGAGACCACAGGAGGGUUUUCUUAUACCAACUGCACCAAUCGCUGCAUGACAUUUUCCGACAUUGCUCCUCGUGGGCUGGGUCCAGGUGAGAGGAGAACCUGGAUCAUGUUGCAGAAGUUCGUGGAGGGUUUUUUUAUCCACCCAGUCGGGUUUGAGGUACUCAUCAAUCACAAGGAUGUGGAUCCAGAAAAGUGGACUGUUGAGAAAGUGUGGUACAACAGCAUGUACUUUGACAGUGUCGAGGAACUGGUGGAAAAAUAUGAAUCAGGAGAAGUGGAGAAGGUGAAACUACCCCCACAUGAUGACAGUGACCUCUACUCCACGUAUAUCCCCAGGGGGAAGAGCAACACCCCGUCUGAUAUCCAUGGUCCAAAGUUUGUUGAGCCCCAGGGACCUCGCUAUCACGUUGACCGGAAUUUUGUUGAAUAUGCCGGAUGGUCUUUCGCUUACCGAGUCCGUUCAUCAGCUGGGCUUCAAGUUUUUGACCUACGGUUUAACGGGGAAAGGAUUGCUUAUGAGAUCAGCCUUCAGGAAGCCAUUGCAUUCUACUCUGGUGACACUCCUGCUGGCAUGCAAACAAAGUACAUUGAUGCCGGCUGGGCUAUGGGCGCCUCAAGCUACGAGCUGGCACCUGGAAUUGACUGUCCAGAGAUUGCCCAUUUUGUUGACCUCUACCACUUCUUUGACACGGACAAACCUCAGCGCCACAGAAAUGCGCUCUGUAUUUUUGAGAUGAACACUGGUAUACCUUUAAGAAGACACUUUGACUCCGACUUCAAUGGGGGAUACAACUUCUAUGGAGGCUUGGAAAACAUGGUGCUGGUGUUACGAACAACCUCAACCGUCUACAAUUACGACUACAUCUGGGACUUCCUCUUCUACCAGAAUGGGGUAGUGGAGGUCAAAGUCAGUGCUACCGGAUACAUCCACGCCACUUUCUUCACACCAAACGGACUUCACUAUGGUACCAAAGUGUACAAUUAUGUUCUCGGUAACCUGCACACUCACCUCAUCCACUAUAAGGUGGAUCUGGAUAUUGCUGGUCGGGAAAACAGCUUUGAGUCAAUAGAUCUGAAGUUGGUGAACUUCACAAACCCCUGGAGUCCAAACCAUUUCAUCGUUCAGUCCAAACUUCACAAGACAGAGCACAAGACAGAGAGAUCUGCUGCUUUCCGCUUUGGCAAAAAGUUUCCUCGCUAUGUGCACUUCUACAACCCUAGUGAGAAGAAUAAAUGGGGGCAUGAGAAGGGUUACCGCAUUCAGUUUAACUCACAUGCCCAUACUGUGCUUCCAAGAGGAUGGAGGGAGGAAAAAGGCAUCAGUUGGUCAAGGUAUCCUCUGGCUGUGACUCGUCAUAGAGACAGUGAAGCCACCAGCAGCAGCAUUUACACACAGAAUGACCCCUGGGAGCCUGUUGUCUCAUUUGAAGACUACAUCCGCAACGAUGAAGAAAUCGUAAACCAGGACCUGGUUGCCUGGGUAACGGUGGGCUUCCUGCAUGUGCCUCACUCAGAGGACAUCCCCAACACAGCAACACCUGGCAACGCUGUGGGCUUCUUCCUCCGACCCUUCAACUUCUUCGAUGAAGAUCCUUCACUAGCAUCCAAAAGCACCAUCAUCGUCAGGCCGGGCGCGGACAGCAAGCCCAAAGUCCAAAGGUGGACACCCGAGGUGGUUGGUCACUGUGUGACAGACAAGCCAUUCUCCUACAACGGCACGUAUGCAGGAGUGUAGAGUUAGGGGUGUUGUUUUAAAGCAGCUAAAAUUGAAAACCACCACAAGAUUUACAUAGUCAGACAUUUUCUCUGUCUUUAUAACCAAAUGAGGAUUUUUUGCAGAAUGAAUAUUUUUAAAAGACUAAAUGAUACAUAAAAAAAAUGUUUUUUUGAUGAUUAAAGUCUGUCAUUGCUGGUCUUAUGUCUAAUUAUAUGAAUACUGAUGGUAAUUUUAAAGCUCCUGUGGGAACUUUUUGUUUCGUUGACUUUGGCACCUCCUGUGGCCUAAGCUGUAAUGCUCUCUGGCAUUUUGGCUUGAAAAUUGUAUCUUGUUUUCAUUUAAAAGUUAAAUAUAUUGUUAAUUUUUAUGUGUGCUAUGGAAAAUGUAAAGAUGAAAACAUUCCAAAGGUGCAUAUUCUAAAUUGGAAUACAUGAUAUUAUUAGCAUAAUAUCAGUAACAGCAGUUAUGAACAUUUUGCUGAUAUUUACAAAAGACAUUUUGGUUCUAUACACAUAAACUGUAGAUGGUUUUAUACCUACUCAAAUGUACUGAAUAUGAUAUCAAAGCUCCUGCACAGAACUUUUUGUUCUGUUGACUUUGGCGCCUCCAGUGGACAAAAUUAUAUAGCUUUCUGACAUUUUGCUGGCUUAAAAAAGUAACAUGUUUACUUUGAAAUGUAAUCAUAUUCAUCAUAAUGAAUGUUGGCUGUCGAAAAUGUAAAAAAACAACAACAAAAGACUUCAGUGCUGCAUCCUCAAAAUUUUCUGUUCUUAUACCAACCCAUUGACUGAUUGACGUGUAAAAUGUUUUUUAAUGAA